AACAUUUCCACUCUGGCCUGAAUUCCCCUCUCUCUUUCUCUCUCUUCAAAUUUCCAUGGCCGUUUCUCUCUCCUCCAUCCCUCCAAAACCUCCAUUUCUCCUUAAUUCUCCUUGAAUUUCAUCCAUACUAUCCUCCAUUUACAGAAAAUCCUACUGUUUUUCCUUUUGAAUCCUUUUUCUGUGUUAAUUUUCAUUGUUUACGCACUAUUUUUUGUUAUAAUUGUGUGUUUUUCGGUGGCGAAGAAUCCAAGCAUGUUCAUAACCGUCUGGCAAACCUAAAUUUGGCCAUUAGAAGGAUGGCGAUAGUGACUGGAGAUCGGUAUCUCAAUUCUCUGGUUAAGUUCCUUGAGAAGCAGGCAGGGCCGUUAAUUGAAGGAGUUUUGGUUUUGAAACUGAAUCCUGUUGGACUUCACUAUGUUCAGACGAGACUGGAAUCCCUCAGCGAGCUUGAAGGACUUCUGGUUGGAGCACCGGUGGAUUAUCUUCGUGCUUAUGUUUCAGACCUUGGCGAUCAUCGAGCGCUUGAGCAGCUACGGCGAAUUCUUCGGCUUAUGACGUCGGUGAAGGUUGUGUCCGUUUUGCCGCAGCCUUUCAGGGAUCCGACGCCAUUGUCCUUGUUGCCGUUUGAGCGAUUGAAGGUUUUGGAACUUCGUGGAUGUGAUCUUUCUACUUCAGCUGCUCGUGGAUUGCUUGAAUUGAGGCCUACUUUGGAGAAACUCAUCUGCCAUAAUUCAACUGCUGCACUUCGACAUGUAUUUGCAAGCAGAAUUGCUGACAUUCGAGGCUCACCACAAUGGAAACGUUUGUCAUUUGUAUCAUGUGCAUGCAAUGACCUUGUUCUGAUGGACGAGUCUUUGCAACUUCUUCCUGUUGCCGAAACACUUGAUUUGAGCAGGAACAAGUUUGCAAAACUUGAUAAUCUGUCGAAAUGCACUAGGUUGAAGUACUUGGAUCUUGGUUUCAAUCACCUGAGAACUAUUGCAUCAUUUGGCUUUGAGGCAUCUCGAAAUAUUGUUAAACUUGUUUUGAGAAACAAUGCUUUGAUUACAUUGCGUGGGAUAGAGAACUUGAAAUCACUUGAGGGACUUGAUGUUUCGUACAACAUCAUUUCAAGUUUCUCAGAGAUAGAAAUUCUUGCGGAUCUUCCAUCAUUGGAGUACUUAUGGUUGGAGGGAAAUCCGUUGUGUUCAUCAGGGUGGUACCGAGAACAAGUUUUCAGCCUCUUUCAUUAUCCAGACAAACUGCAAUUAGAUGAUAAGAAAAUCUCCAGAAGAGAGUUUUGGAAGAGACAAAUUAUUGUUACAAGCAGACAUAAGAGACCUGCUAGUUUUGGAUUUUAUUUACCGGCAAAAGGCGAUUCUGAAGGGGAAACUACCAACACAAAAAAGAAAAGGCAUUCUCGGCUUGCUUGUAUUGAGAGCGUAGAGCAGGCUGCAUCCAUAUGCUCUGAUCAGGAGUCGGUAACCUGUGAGAAUGAAAUGCAAAACAAAGAGGAGAAUGUCGUCUCUGUCGAAGAUGCUGAAAUUAUUGGGCUGCUAAAUAGAAUUGAAUCCAUGAAAAAAGAGCGGUCUGCUCAUUGGUUGCAGGAGUUCAAAGAUUGGAUGGAUCUGGAUCCACAGAAAUUCACAGACGUGAGUAAUCAUCAUGUAGAUAUGUUUCGGGAUUUUAAGGAAUUUAAUACAAGACAGAGGCAUAUUGGUGAAAGUUCAAGGUAUGUUUCUGAUCAAGCUUCGGAAGAUGAGAGUGCUAUUAACAUGUUCGAAUCAGAUAGUUCGGUCCUAGAUAUGGCCAGUAGCAUUGCUCAUCCAUCCUUUGAUGGAUUUAGUGAAACCGGUCCUAAACUGCACCCAGCUCAUUAUGACAAAGACAUAGAUAGAAAGCUUGAUAACGCAGAGUCCAAUUCCAAGGAUACCCAAAUUUCUGAAAAAUCCAGGAAACAAAAAUUCAAUUCUUUACCAUCCUCUUGUGAAGAAAAGUGUGGUAGAGAAAUUGGCACAGGCUCUUGGGAUAGUACUGAUGAUUUUGUGCGUUCUUCUACUUCUGUUGCCCCACGAUCACCUCCUCACUAUAAAGAGGACAUUUUGCAUCGCCGUCACAAUUUAGUGGAAGAAUUCUUGCAGCUAUCUGCACAUUCAUAUUCAGUGGUAUCUUCUGAUAGUAAUUCCAGUUAUAAUGAUGACGACUUCGACGAUAUUGGGGCAUUUGUCAACAGAGAUGAUUGUUCACUAUUUGAAGAUGUUGCAGAUACACAGGUGUAUACAUCCCUCUUUCUUUCCAAGGAGAAUCUUUCUGGAUAUUCACCCAAUGCUUCAGAGUCGAUGCAAAAUGGUAUGCAUUUACCAAAUGUGUCUGCGGAAGCCAUUACUCAGGGUAAUGAUGAUACUGAUCAUCUUGAGCAUCAAGAGGCUGAGUUGUUGGACAUGGAAAGCAGAGCCUACAAAAGGAAACCCAAAAGGAGAAUGGUUUCCCUCUUACGAAAUCAUAGAGAAACAUCUUAUAGUUCAAAUGGUGAUGUGAAUAAUGAUCAAGACAAUAUGCAUCGUGGUGGUUUUCUAGAAGUCAUGCACGGGAAAGCCUUAGUUUGUAAAGAUGGUACUGAAAAUCUGUUAGGGAUGAAAUCGUCAUCAUUGGAAGCAGAAGCUCUGAUCAAGAACAAUUUCAAUUCAAAUAUUGCUAAUGUUGGAGCUAAUGAAAUUUGUAGGAUAUGUAUGAUGAGUAAUUGUAUAGUUGAACAAGAGUCAGGAUUUUGUGAAAGGGAAGUUGCUGUACUAUUGAGCAGCGAAGAUAAGUUUUAUGUACUGUGCGUUGAUAUAACAAAUGAUGGGUCAGGCAGUAGCUUAAACUCAAUGGGUUGCCACAGAAUUGAAGAUGUUGAACUAGUAUCUGUCAGUUUGGGACUUCAGGUUGUAAGGGUAAGCAUUGAAAAGGGCAUUACAUAUUUGUUCACAACCAGAAGUAUUGUUAAAUCAAGACAAUUAUUAGAGGUAUUGCACUCUUAUGAUUCAAAGACAAGGAAGCAGUAUUUUUCUCUGCGAAGUCUGGAGCAAGUUCAAGUUCAACUCUUUGAUAAGUUCGUAUGUGGAGGUUCUAGUUCCAGCAUUUUUCAGUACUCAAUGGUGUCUUUUUGGAGUUGCAGUGUAGAAGAGAACUUGUGGCUCCCAAGAUCGAUGUUUGUGCUUGAGAAGCAUGUACUUAUAUGUACUGAAGACUUGACCCAAUUUGGACUUCUUAAUGGAGAUACGCCUUCAUCUCCAUAUUUUGCGCUUGAUAUGUGUUGCUCAGUUGCUGGCAUUUCACAGAUGGUUAUCAAUGAGGAGAGUUUGUGCCUGACCUUGGUCAUCAAGGGUGGUGCUACAUCAAAAUUCUACCCUAUAACCGAAGGGGUUAAUGAAGAAGAUUUAACAGUUAUCACUUGGAAGGUGAAAUGGUUCUGCGAAGAAAGUUUAUUCAAGUUUGUCGAUUUGGUGAAGGCUAUCCACGCAGGGUUGGUCAGUUAUGAGUCCCCUUUGGCCGUGAGAUGUAAAUAAAAUCCUAAAAACAGAGUUUUGCAAUAGUGAUAUAUAUAUUCUUUUGUUGUUUCUUUACUUAGGGAUUUGGUUUGGCUUGGUUUGUGCAGUUUUGCAUUUUGCACUUGGUCAUAUACAGGCUUGUACAGUAAAUGAAAAGGAAAAAAGAAAAGGCUUAGAUGAUAUGG